GCGCGCAGUGGGGGGAAGUGGAAUGCAGGCAACUCACUCGUUUUCAACGGUUGGUAAACAAAGCGCAAAACUGAACAACCGAGUGGCAUGGCACCAGCCAGCUCCACGGAAAAGCAACUCCAGCAAGCAAGCAAGCUCCCUCUCUCUCUCUCAUCGCGUGGUGUGUACAGUACAGUAGUGCCCUGUGCUCCUGCUGUCCCGCAGCCGCAGUGCUGGAGCUCAAGCACCAAGGCAUCCAGCCGGCGCCCACAGGACACUGCUAGCCCCAUUCAAGAAUCUUCCAGCUUUCCCAAACAGAACCAACCUUCGGCCAUGGCUUCUUCUUGAUCUGUGGUGCGCGUGGGUCUCCGUCUCCCCUACCGGUGUCGCAAUCUGCAGUAUUUUUUCCCCUUCGGUGCUAGGGAAAAGAGAGAGAAAAUCUCACAUCUUUUGACUGCAGACAUACUAGUUUGAUGCAAGCUUUGUAGAUUGUCUUGGCUGCACUGUCCUAGAGCAAGUUUCUGUCACAAGUGAGAUAUUUCUGCGGGUUCCAAAAAGGAAGCAACGACGAAUUGAACCAUCUGCAGCUUCUUCCGUUGCAUUGCCUCGUACUGCAUACAUCUGCAGCUUCUUCCGUUGAAUUGAGCCAACAAUGGGUAGGGGGAGAGGCAGAGGGAGGAAACAGCUCACCAACGGCAGGACUCACGCGGACAAGAGGAGCAGCGGCGAGGAGGUCGCCGCGCCUGCAAGGAAGAGGAGGGGGCGGCCCCAGAAGCGUGUAGCCGCUGAGAAGACCAUUGAGGCAGAGAUGAAAAAACUGGUGGAGGAGGCCGAUGAUGGCGACGAGGACUACGUGGUGGGAGCAGGGGAUGGUGGUGCCAAGCCGAAGGGCUCCAGAACAGAGCAUGCUUCCGCAGGAGCCGGUGGCACUGGCAACAAGAGGAACAGGGUGCACAAUGAAGAAGAGGGCUCUAGUCUCCUUGACAUGGACGAGAACAGCUCCAGCACUCGGUCCAGCAAUGACGAGUCCACCAGAUCCAAUGGCUUCCGCCAGUCUGGAAGCCGCCGGAAGAGCACCCCACGGCGAGCGGCGGAGGCAGGGCUAUAGUCAGAAGUUGGAGUUGGAAUGCAGCAGAUUCUUUGGUAUCGUUUAGGCAGAUGCUCUUCAGUUUUGUCGCACAUUCAUAUUUUUAGUUGCAAUGUUCAAUUUUUUGUCGUCUUGGUGUUUGCUAGGCCUACAUCUACAUGAGUGUAAAAACAUAUAUAUAAUACUGAUUGCAAGCCAUCUGAAUUUUGUGCUUAUGUUAAUGAAGAAAAUGUAAGAACAAACCACGAAGGGUGUGACUGGUUUGCUGAAUAUCUCUUGGAUGGGAGAUGACGGUCGGCGUUUGGUUCGCAGACGAGGUGAAUACAGAUAAAAAUAUUUUCA